AAACUAGCGUAUGCCGCUAAAUGUGACACUGACACGGUAUUCUUUAGUAAAAGGCGAAAGAAUAGUUCGCUAUGUCAUUAUCACACGUCUCCGUGCUUUGCAAGAGCAAAGGUCAUUUCAUUUUAUAUGCAAGCAGCUCAGUUUCUCUUAUACAUUAGUCGAUGUGGGACUUUGGUCUGAACAUAACACCUCUCUCAAAAAAUAACAUGACUCCAGUUUCAUUUCAUAUGGCAUCUGAAAUUAAAUGCUCUUACAACAUGUACAUAACUCUACGCUCAACAGUGAAGAACCUUUUGCCAUUUUAAACAAGCAUUUCAUGAAACCAAUUGUAUGGAUCAAGGUUUGGAGCAUGUUCUUUGAGUGAUAUUUCAUACAACAAACUUGAUAUAUCAGAGGAAGUUCAAGAACAGGUUAAAGGAAGACAGGUUCUGAGAAUGGAAAAGAAGGAAUCACAAGCAGAAAAUGCAACAAAAAACAAUAAAAUGAGUCAGAUAACACUUCCAGGAUUGUUGAAUUUCAUUGAUGGGAUUUGGUCAGCUAGUACUGGUGAGAGGUUAAUUAUAUUCACUACUAACUAUGCGGAGAAACUUGAUCAUGCUUUAAUUUGUCGAGGAAGAAUGGACAUGCUUAUCGAAUUGCCUUAUUGUUGUUUUGAUGGAUUCAAAAUGUUGGCAACGAAGUAUCUGAGUCUUGAAUCUCAUUUUUUGUUCGACAAGAUUGCAUGCUUGUUGGUAGAGACUAAUAUGACACCAGCUGAUGUUGCUGAAAAUUUGAUGCCAAAGGUAGAUAAUGAAGAUGUUGCGACUCCAUUGUUGAGGUUGAUUCAAGCACUUAGAAGCAUUGAGGAAGAGGCUGAGAAAGAAGAAGGAACUAGUGCAAAGCAAGAGUCAGAUGGAGAGGAUUCAUCAGCGGAGAAGAAAGAAGAUGCUGAGAUGGUCACUUCAUCGAUGCUAAGAUUAGAGUCGUAUUAAAACAUUAGUAUGAAUAUCUAUUUCCAUGCUUACAUUACAUUCUUAUUUUAGAUUAUUAUAGUUAGAUUAAUAUUCUUAAUUUGAGACAUUGUUAUGCUGAAUUACAAUCUCAAUAGUCAAUAUCUGUACAUCAGGCAUUAUAGUAGAGUAGGUUGAAUAUUUAGUAUUAAGACAUGGACAAGAAUGUUAGAAUUAUGAAGAAGAAUUUUAGUUUGUAA